AUGGGCGCUCGGCAACCAAACCGGGUCCGGAUUGGGCAGAGAGGAUUGGAUGGCAAACCGUUGGGGAUGACCUCGUUGGCUGCCACCGACAUCCCGCGCAGGCCGUUAUAUACCCUCUCCGCUCUCUCCCACUUCCCGUCCCUACUACACCUCCACAUACUCUAUCUCCCCAUACACACCAUCGCCCGUGUGCGGCCCGUCUGGAUCAAAAAGCCUCCUUCCCUGCCAGUCCCUAUCACUCCGCUGACAAUGACUUCCCUUAUGACCGUCGCUACCACCCCCGCACCCUCUCCGUUCAACCCUAUGGCCUCGCGACCACGCGUAUCGUCUCCGCUUGCUGCAUCUGCGCAGGCGAAUCCCGUAUCCUCCCGAAACCACUCAUUCCCGACUUCGCGCCCCCUCCGCCCGUUCCCUUCGCUCGCCAUCAAACCGAGUACUCCCGCGCGGAAACCGGUGAAGAUCCUUGAGCCACCAGCGAACUUCAAGGGCGCGUUCGUGCUCAAUCUCACACCGGCCGAACUUAGCAGGCGAGAUUAA